AUGGCCGUCGAUGACUUGAUGUUCGUGCGCCCUUCCCCCAAAUACGGCACCCAGACCCCAUCCACUAAUCAUUGCAGCAUUCGAGACACCGACGCCUUUGUGUUGCCCUCGAAAGCCUACUAUCCCACAAAAAUCCCUAUAGCACAUUUCCAGCUGCGUCAUUUCAUCAGCUGUCCCGAACCUGACCUCGUUUACUAUGCGAGCGGCCCCGAAGUCUACUGCCUCAACACGGCCACCCGAACACAAGCACACGUCACCACACUGCCCUUCGAUGCGCGCUGUACCUCGGCUGGCCAUGGCUACGUCUGUGUCGGAGGUGCAGAAAAUGGCAACUUCGCAGCCAUCAAGGUGACGGGCAUGCCCCCCACAGAUUCGUCCGACGUCGAUGCCUCGUUACCGCUUAACUUGGAGCACCGCCUACCUCGGCCCCCUCUUUUGGGCACCGCAGCCCGUAUAUGUCUCGAGAAGAUUGGCGAGAAUAUUGUCAACUCCAUCUCAAUACACUGCCUACCAGACGCAAACGAGGGCAAAGGCGAUGUUGUCGCGGUCCUCACCAACAACGACAAGACUGUGCGCCUCUACUCUCUAACGCAAAAUCUCGAGCUCUUUGUCUUGGACCUCCCUUUCGCCAUGAACCAUGCGACCAUAUCGCCGGAUGGGCAAAUGUUGGUGGCUGUGGGAGACGCGCCAACUGCCUAUUUCUUCGAAUACUGCAAUGUGUCAAAGGGGAGCGACUACAAGCAAUCAGAGGGCAUAACGCACUCGAUAGGCCCGGAGUGGACGCUGCUCGAACAAGUCAAACUUUACAUACCAGAGGGUUCACGAGCGGAUGGGUAUUUCACUACUGCCUGGUCGCCUUCUUCGCGCUUGUGUGCGGUGGGCUCUGAGUGUGGCUACAUCACACUGUUCGACGUUGAACUGAUCAAGUAUGUCGAUGAUCCCCAGGACGCAAUUCUGCAAACAAUCCAGUCCACAAGUCCAGAUAUCCAACACGGCCCGGGUUCCGUGCGGACAAUGUACUUCUCACCAGCACCAUGGGACCUUCUGAUUUGGAGUGAGGACCAGGGCAGAAUACUGACACUGGAUCCAAAAGAGGAGGGAAUAGAGAAGGUUGAAAUAGCCGACUUCGACAUGACCCUCACGCCUGAAAUGCAUGAGCUGCGCAGGGAAGCUGAAUUCCUUCGCGGUUACCGUCGUGCGUUAGACUCGGAGGGUACAUCGGCGGCCGUUGAUGUCGCACAAACCUACUUUGAUGGCGACUAUGAGCGGCGCAGGGCGCUUCAAAGGCAAGCGGGGGUCGUGCAGUCAGACAAUGACCAAUUUGGAUUGAGUGCGCAUGAGCGUCAAGUCAUUGAGACGCUGCGAAGUACCAGGUCACGAGCUGAAGGUCGAGAGCCGGAGAUAACGCCACGGAGUAUUGUGUACAGCACUUCAAGGCAGCGUGAUACUCGACCUGAGUCUGGCAGUGAUUCCACAGAUCGACCCACGACCACUACUGCCAACGAACACGUGCUGGAUAAUUUACUACUUCGCACCGAGCAUGGACUCUUUCCACGUCGCCAGGCUUCGGUCAUCGUCUCCAUUGACGAAGCCACGGUCAACGUCCCACCUGAUGCCAUUACCCACAUCACUGACUCAGCGCUCACACGAUCACCCAACCCUGUACCAGCACACGCUCGUCGCGCUGCCAACAACCUUCUUGCUUCAACAGAUGCCGCUUGGCGUACCAUCGAAGAAGCACACGCUGCUCAAACGCGAGCUGCUAAUCGUAGCUCCACAUCCAAUCCAUCCGCACCAGAGCUACGUAGUCUACGACAGGUGACGCAGAUGCGCGAGCGUCUCCGCCUCGUACGAGCACUCCAGAUACAGGCUUCUUCAGAGCGACAUGACCCAGCCAUGGGCGUUAGAACGGCCGGAUUAGCUAUGAGCUCUGAUGGGCGGACACUCUACUGCGGCACAGAAGAGGGAAUUUUCGAGUUCAAGAUGAAUUUGCACGCAAGGAAGGCAUUUCCUGCUAUCAAACCCUGCUAG